AUAUUUUCUGUCUGGAAGUCUCAGGGACGGAGGAGGGGCGCUAGGGCCCCAUGUGUGGGAGGAUUGCUUUAGCUCUACAAACUUGCACGGAUUUUGGUUACUUUGUUGGCAAGUGGUUCUGCUUAGAUUUCCUCCGAAUUGUUGCAAAUUCGCCAUUGUUACCUGGCUGCCUACAAAGUUGGAUCCGGAAUUUCUUUUCAACCGGGGGCCAUCAGUGUCGAAGUGUCUGCAAUGAACCCGGUGAAUGCUACUGCUCUCUACAUUUCCGCGAGCCGCCUAGUGCUCAACUACGACCCCGGAGACCCCAAGGCGUUUACAGAGAUUAACAGGCUCCUGCCUUAUUUCCGACAGUCCCUCUCGUGCUGUGUUUGCGGACAUUUGCUACAAGAUCCUAUUGCACCCACCAACUCCACCUGCCAACACUAUGUCUGCAAAACUUGUAAAGGCAAGAAAAUGAUGAUGAAACCUUCAUGUAGCUGGUGCAAAGACUAUGAACAGUUUGAGGAAAACAAGCAGUUAAGCAUCCUAGUGAAUUGCUACAAAAAACUAUGUGAAUAUAUAACACAGACUACAUUGGCACGGGAUAUAAUAGAAGCAGUCGACUGCUCUUCUGAUAUUUUGGCUUUGCUUAAUGAUGGAUCAUUGUUUUGUGAGGAGACAGAAAAACCCUCAGAUUCAUCCUUUACUUUGUGUUUGACACAUUCCCCUUUACCUUCGACCUCAGAACCUACGGCUGAUCCUCAAGCUAGUUUAUCUCCAAUAUCUGAAAGCACCCUCAGCAUUGCUAUUGGCAGUUCUGUUAUCAAUGGUUUGCCUACUUAUAAUGGGCUUUCAAUAGAUAGAUUUGGUAUAAAUAUUCCUUCACCUGAACAUUCAAAUACAAUUGAUGUAUGUAACACUGUUGACAUAAAAACUGAGGAUCUGUCUGAUAGCCUGCCACCUGUCUGUGACCCGGUAGCCACUGACCUGUGCUCCACAGGGAUUGAUAUCUGCAGUUUCAGUGAAGAUAUAAAACCUGGUGACUCUCUGUUACUGAGUGUUGAAGAAGUACUCCGCAGCUUAGAAACUGUUUCAAAUACAGAAGUUUGUUGCCCUAACUUGCAGCCCAACUUGGAAGCCACUGUAUCCAAUGGACCUUUUCUGCAGCUCUCUUCCCAGUCUCUUAGCCAUAAUGUUUUCAUGUCCACCAGUCCUGCACUUCAUGGGUUAUCAUGUACAGCAGCAACUCCGAAGGUAGCAAAAUUGAAUAGAAAAAGAUCCAGAUCAGAAAGUGACAGUGAGAAAGUUCAGCCACUUCCAAUUUCUACCAUUAUUCGAGGCCCAACAUUGGGGGCAUCUGCUCCUGUGACAGUGAAACGAGAGAGCAAAAUCUCUCUUCAGCCGAUAGCAACUGUUCCCAAUGGGGGCACGACACCCAAAAUCAGUAAAACUGUACUUUUAUCUACUAAAAGCAUGAAAAAGAGUCAUGAACAUGGAUCCAAGAAAUCUCAUUCUAAAACCAAGUCAGGUAUUCUAAAAAAAGACAAAGCAGUAAAGGAAAAGAUUCCUAGUCAUCAUUUUAUGCCAGGAAGUCCUACCAAGACUGUGUACAAAAAACCCCAGGAAAAGAAAGGGUGUAAAUGUGGGCGUGCUACUCAAAAUCCAAGUGUUCUUACUUGCCGCGGUCAACGCUGCCCUUGUUACUCUAACCGCAAAGCCUGCUUGGAUUGUAUAUGUCGUGGCUGCCAAAACUCAUAUAUGGCCAAUGGAGAGAAGAAGCUGGAGGCAUUUGCUGUGCCAGAAAAGGCCUUGGAGCAGACCAGGCUUACUUUGGGCAUUAAUGUGACUAGUAUUGCUGUGCGCAAUGCUAGUACAAGCACCAGUGUAAUUAAUGUCACAGGGUCCCCAGUAACGACGUUUUUAGCUGCCAGUACACAUGAUGAUAAAAGUUUGGAUGAAGCUAUAGACAUGAGAUUCGACUGUUAAAUCAGUGGGUCUUUAGACCUACCUCUGGUAGGAAAAUAGCUACAGUUUUACGGCAGCUAUGGUUCUGUUGGUUUGACUUGCCGGAGCUCCUGCAUAUAGAUCACUUGUAUCAAGUGUUUUCAUUGCUAAGUUAUAUGUGUUAGUGUCGGGGAAAUAGUUUGCAGAUAAUGGAGGAGUAACCCUACAACUAUAUGUCCUUAGUUCUUACAGAACCUCAUAGUUUGAGAACAAAAGCUGAUGCAAUUGAUUUAUACAAAAUGAACUUUGGCAAGGAAAAUAACAUUAACCUCAUUGUUUAUGGUCAUGCUUUGUGCAUAAUCAAAGUUUAUGAUUAAAUGUAAGGAAGUGGUAUUUAGUCAGUCCAUAAAGAUUGUGCUUAUUUUAUUUUAUUUUGGAAAGUAGCCAUUAGUUUGUUCAGGAGACUCAGUGCUGGCUUCAGAUGCCAUUGAUAGUUCUCUUGUUGAAAAGCUGAUGUGUCCAGCUCAACCUUUGUGCUGACAUAAUACCAUUUCUGAUCAUGA